AUGAGAGGGGGAGAGAUCUGGGAAGAUCCCCACCAAAAGACUGUGGGCUUCAGAAUGCAAUUUCAACUGACCUUUCUUUUGCAUCUUGGGUUGCUCAGUUACGUGAAAGCUCAAGAUGAAUGCAGCAGAGGUGCCUAUCACCCCCUCUUUGGCGAUCUCCUGGUGGGUCUCAAUGGGCAGCUCACGGCUUCUUCUACCUGUGGACUGGACAGAGCCCAGAAAUACUGCAUCCUCAGCUACCUCGAGGGGGAACAAAAAUGCUUCAUCUGUGAUUCCAGAUUUCCAUAUGAUCCACACACCCAACCCAACAGCCACACCAUCGAGAAUGUAAUCACAAGUUUUGAACCAGAGAGAGAAAAGAAGUGGUGGCAAUCUGAAAAUGGUCUUGACCAUGUCAGCAUCAGACUGACCUAG